AGUCGCUAGAGAGGAUCAGGAGAAGGAACAGGCCACUCCAGCAGGACAUCAAACCGAUAGAAAGGAACACAAAGACACUGAGAGAAACGCUAUGGCCGGGCCGCAGGUGCAGCAUAGCCAGCGACCCAAUAGCGCCUACUAUACGGGUUUGAAUGGCGGCGGAGGAGGAGGAGGAAGUGGAGGUGGAGGUGGCGGUGGCGGUGGAGGAGGAGGAUCCUCCGGUGGAAUAACCAGCAGUGCAUCGCACACCGGCCUGCAUGCCCUGCGCCAGGUGAGCAACGAAACGGAGCUGAUCUACCGUGGCAGUCACAGCAAUGGCACCGUCAACGAGCUGCCCUCCACUGCCCAGCACCAUCUGCUCACGGGUCGAGUUGCCAGUGGAGUGGGAUCGGGAGUACGGGAGCAGCAGGUGCACCACCAUCAGACGGUGAGCAGCAUUGCCGGCACCGGAUCGAGUGUCACGGAUGCCCUGAUCGGGACCAUUGCCUCUGGUGGCAGUGGAGGCGCCUCUGGCUCCACGGCAGCACUGGGCAUCAAGAAGUCCAGCACGCAGCGCAGCAUUGAGAUCAUUGUGGACGCCAGUCAGUGCGGCAAGGAGCUGGUGGCGGCCAGUAGUGGAGCAAGCGGCGGAGCAGGAGCAGCAGCAGUCGUGUCCACCCUGGAUGUGGAGGAUGUGGAGCAGGGCGGCGGCGGCGGCCAGGAGUCGUCGUCCUCGCACCGCAAAUCUUCGCGGCAUCGCCAUCGACCGCUCCACCGGCGACUGAUCACCUAUCUGCGGAACCUCUUCCAGGGCAGCACCACACAGAAUGAUUCGGAACUGGAGGAGUUCGAGACGCCGGCACGGUACAGGCCCGACUCGCUAAGUGCGCUGAGCCGCGCCACCCGCUUCACGGAGGACGAGAUCAAACGAAUUUACCGGGGAUUUAAGGCUGAGUGCCCGACGGGCGUCGUCAAGGAGGACACCUUCAAAGUGAUCUACUCGCAGUUCUUUCCACAGGGAGCCAAUCCAACCUUAUAUGCGCACUAUGUAUUUAAUACACUGGAUCAGGAUCACAGCGGCAUUGUCAGCUUCGAGGACUUUGUUCAAGGACUUUCGAUACUGUCGCGCGGCUCCGUGGAGGAGAAGCUGCGCUGGACCUUCUCGCUGUACGACAUCAAUGGCGACGGCUUCAUCACGAGGGAGGAAAUGACUGACAUUGUAACUGCCAUAUACGAGCUGAUGGGCCGACUGCCCGACGAGUGUCCAGAGGAGGAGAAGAUCAAGGGCAAGGUGGAACAGAUCUUUCAGAAAAUGGACACCAAUCGCGAUGGCGUGGUUACGCUGGAUGAGUUCCUGGAGGCCUGUCGCAACGACGACGCCAUCUCCCGGUCGAUGUCCUACACGGUGCCGCGGCGGCGGCGACACCAGCAGUUGGCCCAGCAGCAACACCACCAGCAACACCAGCAACACCAGCAACAUCAGCAACAUCAGCAACGUCGGCACAACCAGCAGGAGCCAGAUAAACGUAAGUCCAACCACAAGACGAAGAACAAGCAACAGCAAAAACAGCAGCAACCACAUAGCACUAGACAUCAAAACUGUUGUCACAUAAUCGACAUGGAUGGCGAUAGCACCACCAGCACCACCACCGCCUCGGUGGCCACUGGAACCACACUCAAUUGCAAUGUCCUGGGCCGUAAGCCCAAUUAUUACGAUGUGGAUGAGGAUGAUGAGGAGGAGGAUGUGGAUGAGGAUGAGGAUGAGGAGGAGGAGGAGCAUGACUCGGAGGAAUCUGAGGACUCUGAGGGGGACUACAGAUCCUUUGUCUGCCGGCACUGCCAAAGACCGCAAUCGGUGGUGCAGCCCAGAUCCGGCCGCCGAUCGCAGUCUCAGUCCAAGUCGCGCAAGCGCAGCAAGAGCAGGAAGCGCCAUCAGAGCAAGCAGCGUGGGGGUCACCAGGGUCAGCAUCAGGGUCACCAUCAGGGUCACCAUCAGCAGCGGUGGCCGGAAAUCAAUGUGGCCAACGAGCAAGCCAUCCGCUUCCGGUGUCCGCAGGUGGGGCCGCAGGUGGGUCGCGACCUUCACACCCCCCAGCCCAUGCACUUUCACCACCCCCAGUCGCAGUCUCAGAAGGCCAAGAACAAGUCGCGGCCGAGGAAGCCCCGUGCGCUGCCACCACCUGCUCCAUUAGCCAAAGAGCCGCCACCACUAGCACCACCAGCAGCAGCAGCAGCAGCACCACCACCUGCACCACCAGCACCGCCCUCCGAACUAGCACCCCUCCCACCCCUGAACGUGAUUGUGGGCGGGGCCGAGGUCGAGGUCGAUCCGCAGCAGCCACCGCCGCCCACCACCCCCGACUCGCCGUCGCUGGUCACCGUGAGCACCUGGUACACGGUGGCCAAGCAGGGUGUCUCCUGCUAAUCGCGGUGAGCAAAAUUUGCAUAGAAACUAAAUGAAAUGCGUAGCGAGAAAGACAACGCGAAUCUGCCAAAAUAAAAAUCUAGGUACCGCACGUCCAUAAAUAUGCAAUUAUGGAUAUGUUUGUGCAACUGUAAAAAUACCGAAAAUGUCCGGAAAAAUUGGAAAGGCCAACUACAACUCGAUUUUAUCUGCAUAAUUGGCUGGGUUGCAUUUAAAGCAGUUUUCAAGUGUAAGUACAUGGUGGCACCGGAAGUGCCACUGCUUGCUCCACACCCUUAAAACAAAAAAUUGACAAUGUGUGAGUACACACAGCCUAAAACACAACCCCCAUUGAAAAUUGAAAAUUGAAAAUUGAAAAUUGAAAAUUGAAAAUGUACGAAACGAAAGCUUUACACAAUGAAACUUAAGCUAAAACUAAAAACUUACUCUUAACGAUGUAAUGAAACAUAUAUAGAGAGAAAUUUAAAUAACACAGAAACUAUAUUUAUACGAACAGGAAAUAGCAAGAAAAGAUACUAAUUACCUUUAAUUGGAACCAGUUUGACUUUCUAUUCGAAAUAUGUAUAUGUAGGCACACGACACACACACCCACACACACGCAAGCAAGCGUCUUUAGGUAAAUAAAUGUGUAAAUCAAAAUAAUAGCCCCAAUGCAAAUACAAAGGGAAGGAGAAAUAGAGAAGCGUUCCCCAGGGCGUAUGCGUAAUGUUGAGUGUAUUGUUUCUGCGCAUUGUUGUUGCCAUAUAUUCUCCAUUAGCAAAUUAGUGACAAUGAUGGAAUGUCAUCAAGACGGCUAGCUAAAUGUGUACUAUACUAUAUAAAUCUGGUGUGUGUGCCUGUUGUGUGUGUGCGAGUGUGCAAGCUAAAUCAAAUAAAACAAAAGUUUGAAUCAGAAAUUGGACCACAGCAAACAAAGAAGUAGCAUAAACCGAUAUCCGCUGUAUAUGCAUAUUAUAUUUACAUACAUAUACACAAAAAUAUAUAUAAGCAAGGCAUACAGUGUUUAUCAACAUGAAUAGGUGUGUAAUUGUAAUUUUUUGUAGCUAGAACUAAGAGACACACAGAAAAUGAACAGAGAACUAUUAGAAAUAGAUAAAUGGAAAAUGGUUAAUUGGACAUCUCGUUGUACAUAGUUAGUGAGUGGUUUUUUUCGCCGUUAAACCAACUACAAAUCUUUCUCGAUAUUAACUCUAAACUCAAAGUAAUUGUUGCAUUUUUAAACCCUAUAAAUACAUAGCUGUGUACUUAGCUGUAGUCUUCCAGAGGAAUACCGAAUAACAUGAACAAACGAACAGAGAAGCUGACGAAAACUCUAUUCCACUUAGAUUGAACCUGUAGGAAAUUUGUACCUUAGCCGAAACACCCACAAAAAGCUUUCAAAAACAAUAAAACUUUUUCUUAAUAGACAAAGAACCGAGUCCAAUAAAUAAAAGCCAUAUACAAAACUGUUGCUGUCGUUGUUGUCAAAGAAGAACUGUAUUAUUUUUGGAUAAAUGUUAUCGAUUUUCUGCCCACUUUCAAGGUUAUUCAAUGUUAGAUCCUUCGAACUAUUGGUUUCCCACUGCAUAUACUAUAUGUAUGAAGUAUAUAUGAUCGAACUGAUCUUGGGCACGACAAUAUCGAACAGGAGCCCCCGAAGUGCAAUAUAACGCAUAUAAUAUCCUCCCACCCCAGAUUGACACACCUACACAAACACACAACACCCCCCUCCCCCUCUCUCUCCCUCUCUCUAGGAGUUCACUUCUCUCUAUCUCUAUCUACUAUCUACUAUCUACUAACUACUAUCUGUGUGUGAAUUAGCAAUCAAAUACUAAUGCAAAAUCUAUUUCAAAAACAAAGUGUCAAAUUUUCAAACCAAACAAACAAACAAAACAAAACGAAAACCGAAGAAAAUGUAAAUGUUGGCAAAUUGACAGAGACAAACAGAAAAACGGAUAAAAUUGAUAAAUUGGAGGAUUGCCAACCAAGUUGCAAGUAUUUUCCAGGCCUAAGCCUUAAAGAUUAGAGAAAUGCAAAUAAUUGUAAACACAAAGAAAUAUAUGCAUAUAGAAUGUGUGUUUUUUCCUAAUUUAUAAGCUGUUGAAAUCAAAUUUUACCAAUGAAAGUAAGUAUUGAAAAAGUAUUGAAGCUAUUGAAAAACUCUCGUUUUAGAGAACCACUUGAAUUUUCAGUUGUAAAUGUAUAAACUGUAUUAACCAUUUAUUUGUGAGCGAUAUACUAUGUGUUGAGAAACUGAAAAAAAAAAACAAAAACAAAAACAAAGAGCAGAAAAUACAUGUCAUAGCAAAGGCCUAAGUGCGACAUUUAUGGGGGCAGGAAAUUCAGAAGGCCUACGGAAGUAUAUCAAAAACCGAAUUGUUAUCGGACGAACGACGUUUUUAAACCACUAAGAGAAUUUCCAGUGUUAUCAAUCGAUCGAUGUACAUCUUCUGGGCCAAACGAUUGAGCCACGUUAUAAACACAAUUACAAAUUGAUAAACUUACCAGUAUAUACACAAAUAUACUAAUGUACACUAGUUGUAAACAUAGCUGAUCUUUUUUGGUGUAAAUUUUAAAUGAUAAUACCAAACGAACAAACUUUCCAUGCAAUAAAAACAAACACAUUGUUUCAAAACUAACAAAAAUGUCGUUUAAAUGCAAAACUGCAUGAACCAAAAACA